AUGACCUCCAUGAUCAACGGAGCUCCCCCCGCCCCCAAGCAGAUUCGCUUCGUUCACAACCAAGGCCAGCCACCGUCCAAACGGCGAAGAAUCAACGCUGCAUGCUUGACCUGUCGCAAGCGAAAGACGAGAUGCGCCGGCGAGCGCCCCGUCUGUUCAACAUGCACCAAAAACGGCCAUACCUGCUUGGGCUACAAUGAAGUGAACGAGAAAAAGACUGCAGGUGGCGCCACCGCCACCAAAGACCCCCACCAAGACGAUGAAGACGAUGAAGAAGACGACGAAGAACUACACCACGAUGAGAGGCGCAACUGGAAGGCAGAUGCCGCCGCCCGGAACUCGUCGAUGCACAAGGCUGGAGGCGAUGCUGCUUCUCGGACAAGCUCCGAGGCAACCGCCGGUCACUCGCCAACUUUUGUACGCCGGUUAUCAGACAACAGCCCGCGAGAUCACGAUCAAAGACGCCCAUCCCAUCCUCGCACUACCUCCUUUUCCGACGAUGCCCGUAGUAAUCAGAGCCGGUCGCCCGUGCUGCACCACACCGAGCGCCAUCGGGUUCCGUACUUCCGUUACUUUGGACCGACGGCCAUCGUGCCCGGCUACAAACAGAUGGUCGUUUCUGUUCGGGACCGGAGACGGAGCACCGGCGGCUCUAACUGCGCCACAUCCCCUAGCUCCGGAUCUAGCGUUAUUCAGUCUUUGGGACUGGCCAUGGCUGGUAUGCCCAAGCAUGACGAAGAAGUCACCACCGAUGAGGAACUGCCCGUAUACGAUCCCAACGAUAUCGCACCGGUCCAUCCCUUGAUACUGCACCUGGUCAAGACCUUCUUUUUGCAUCUUGGCUGUAAUUAUCCCUUUUUGAAGGAGGAAAAGUUUACCCACUUGGUCAAGGAGAAACGGGUAGAGCCUAUCCUUGUCGAUGCCGUAUGUGCAUUGGCUGCCCGCUUCUCAGAUUCGCCUCAAUUUGCACAGGGUAAAGGUGAUGAUGCACUACACUCUGAGCAAGGUCAGCAUUAUGCCCAGAGGGCGAAAGCUGCGACCGUCGACACAUUCCCAUGUCCUUCUGUUGGUGCCGUCCAAGCGAUGCUGAUGAUGGCGUACGAAGGCUUCGGUGCGGACCAAGACAGUGCACUAUGGAUGUAUCUGGGCCUGGCAAUCCGCAUGGCUGUCGACCUUGGUUUGCAGAAGAUGGUAGGCGUCAAGUACCAGGGUGAGAAGGACCCUUGGUACACCCGUCAGUGGGGUAGUGACGCCGGGGAGGACGAAGAAAACCCUGAUGAUGAAAGCGGCCUUACCCACGAGGAGCAGCUCGAGGUCGAGCAAGAGCGUAUUGACACGUUCUGGGCCGUCUUCAUCCUUGACCGAGUGAUCUCUUCUGGAACCGGUAGACCGGUGACCUUUCGUGAUGAUGACUUUGAGCUGGCCCUGCCUGAGCCCACGCUCGAUCCUGUUUCGGGCUGGCCUGCCCCUUUUCCAAUCUUCAUCCAAAUCAUCCACCUCUACGGCCGCGUGUCUGACGUGCUGAACAACCUCCGCAACGCCAAAGACUUGACGCAAGAGAAAUGGACUAAGCUGGCGCGCAUGGAGCAUGAGCUUACGAGGCUCUAUCAGAAGCAAGAUCCCCGGCUGCACUUUAGCGUCGCCAACUUCAAGACGUAUUUGAAGGCGGGUCAGGGAACGAACUUCAUACUGCUACACUUUUGGUUCCACGCGCUCAUCAUUAUCCUGCAUCAGCCGACAUUGUUGACCCCGUUCGGUUCAUGGAGCCGCAACCAUCAACUGCUGCCCAAUAGCCGCGAGUUGUCCAUGUCCAGCGCCAAAACCAUAGCCGAUAUCCUUGCCUUUGCCGAGCUUAUUGACCCAAAGAGCUUCAUCGGGAAUCCCUUCACCUCCCAGCCCAUGUACAUCGCCGCUUGUGCCUUCCUCAUGGAGUCCAUCGCCAAUGCGUCCAAUCCGAAUUCGCGAGAGACGUCUCCCCCAGUUGAUUGCAAGGCAGAUGUCCUCAGGCAAAAGACUUCCUCGGCUGAACAGAAGCCAACAACUAAACACUCGCUACUCGCAUCCGCCGCAAACCAGAACUACUCGCGCUGCUACAAAUCAUUGCAGCAGUUGCACAAAUACUGGGGCGGUAUCAAGUAUAUCUUGACGGCCCUUGACCAGAAAUCCAAGGGCAUCUGGGACUGCGAGACGUAUACCAAUGAAGAGUAUGAAAGCACCAAGAUUACGCGCCGAGGGUCUAUGAGUGGGCGUUUUCCGGCGUCGCCUAAUAUGCCGCCUAUCGCGUGGUCUUUGACGGGCAAUACAAACUCCCCGCCCAGCCUCACGCUCAUGUACCAGAACAUGCCCGGGGCUUCUGGCCAUCAUGGAUUUGCGCAACCGCAGUCGUCCAACAUGCCAAACUCUGCCCCUACACCGCCUGGAAACAUGAUCUAUGACCCCAUCCGCCAGAGCCUUCCCGAACCUCCACCGCAUUCCAUCUUCUCUGUAGCCUAUCCCCAACCCGCGACCUCGGCAAUGCGGCAAACCUCCCGACGUAAUCGAUCUCACCGGUUAUCAACAUCAUCCAUAGGUAGUCCACACGGACAGAACAAGCCACACUUGCGUUUCGACGGCCUCACAGGGGACAUGCCGUCAUCUCCAGCGGGCGCUACUUCGAAUUAUCAAAUGCUUGCCACGACUUCGGCACAACAGACAGCUUCAUAUACACCUACGUCACAUAAUUCGUCGAAUUACGAGCAGAACAUGAUACCCUCCGCCUCGCCUGGCGGCACGCAGCAAGAAUCUACACCGCAUCAUCAUCAGCAUCUCUCUCAGCAGGUCAUGUUUGACCCGACAUUCGCAAACGGAACAUAUUCGUACCUUGGACAAGGCAUGGGACCAAUCACGGACGUCAUUACAUUUGACAACCCGAUUGAUAUUGGGUCUUUGGGGCUGCCAAAUGAAAUGAUGCCGCCGUGGUUGGAGUAUUUGCCCGGGGAUGUCUUGAGCUUGUUUGAGAACAACGGCAUGGACCCGGGUAGUUGA